AUGUUCGCUCGUCUAUUCCGCAAGACGUCCAAACAUGCUCGCUUGCCUCAAAGUGACACCGAGAGCCUUGAUAACGAGACGCUUCUGCCAUCUUCAUCGACGACGUCACUGGCAUUGAAGCCCUCGCCCCGUCCUAACUUCGAGUACCAGGUGGCAUUGAAGACCCUCAUCGUUUGCAGUGUCGUAUACGUUAGCGCAGGGUUCUGGGUAGCGCAUAGUGUACGCAAAGCCGAGUUCGUCACUGAUGCAGACGACUUUUGCAUAAACCAUGUCUCCCAAUACUCGCCGGUAGUCAGGGACGUAGAACCAGGUUGGCACACCAAGCAGUUCAACGGGUCCUUUCUGCAUGAGACUGUCUAUCGGCAGUCAGCUGGACCAGAAGUGGAUGCUGCUUGGGAGGCGUUGGGUGUGGGAUUUCGAAGCGUCGUCAUCCCAGAGAGCGAGGCCGAGCGGUCCGGGAUACGACGCAAUCAGGUCAAGAUCAGCCAAGAAUAUGGCGGUGGGUUUCCGGCCAACGUUGAGGGGUUGCAUCAUUUGCACUGUCUGGAUCUUCUACGGAAGACCUUACACUGGAACUACGAUUACUACCUGGCGAAAGGCAAAGGCCCAUUCGUGAACUCCGAAUACAUCGUCCGGAUCCACGCCACCCACUGCCUGGAUAUGCUGCGGCAGGCACUGAUGUGCAACCCCGAUGUUGGAGUGCUAGGUCAAGUAUGGUGGCAGCCGGAAAGUGACCCACACCCCAUGGCGUUUGUUGACUUCAAUACGAAGCAUCGGUGCCGUGACUACGAGGGCGUAAGAAGGUGGGCUGAAGCGCACCAGAUGCCGCCUGAAAAAGAUGUGGACAUGAGUCGCUUCUAUGAGCAACCGAAGCCUGAAGCAGUCUAUCCUGCUAUACCUUGAGGAGGCUCAGAACAAGACGUGAAAGCUGGAUGGUGUUAGCUCGAAGCGUGGUAUGAUAGCAAUGCAUUGUUGCCCAUUACCAGCUUCCAUCUUGUUGACGCAUGACGAAGCAACUGUCUGAGAGCCGUCCGGCAUUGGCUGCGCGGAUGGCUACGUGUUCCCCAGUGUCGAGUUUGUAAGGUGAGUCACGCU